GAAGAGCGAAGGGGGUUCCCUCAGAGCGCUACAGCCAGCAGCGCCGUCGCGCUCUCAGAGGCUCCCCUUCCCCCGCGACAAUCCCGGGAACGAAGUGAGAAGCUGCUCGGCGCCGCCUUUCGGCUCGUGCAUAUUCAUAGCCAAGCAGCAGGCUCGGUCGGCUGCCACCUAGAGACGGGAGGGCGGGACGAGACCAGACGAGCAGCGCAAGUGGGGAAGCGGCGGCGGCGGCGGCGGCAACAGCAGCUGCCGACAGCUCCGGCGCGCUCGGGCAGCCCAGGCAGGCGCUGCAGCCCUUUCCAUCCUCGCCGAGACAGCGCGUGCAGAGCGCACAGCGCCCGCCGGACAGAAGCCGAGCCGUCCCCCUCUAGCUGGUUCCUCAUCCCCGGGCAGCCCUCAUCCCUCCCGUGGCGGCCAGAUGAUGAACUUUCUGCGGCGCAGGCUCUCGGACAGCAGCUUCAUCGCCAACCUGCCCAAUGGCUACAUGACCGACCUGCAGCGGCCGGAGCCCCAGCAGCCCCCGCCGCCCCCGCCGUCCUCCGCGUCCUCCUCGGCGGCUCCGGCCGCGGCCUCGGAGCGCAGGCAGCAGCAGCCGGCGGCGCCACCCCAGCAGCCUCAGCCCCAGCCGCAGCCUCAGCAGUCGGUGGGCAGCAGCUUCUUCAGCUCUCUCUCCAACGCCGUGAAGCAAACGGCGGCCUCGGCCGGCUUGGUGGACGCGUCGCCCUCUUCCUCGGCCGCAGCCAAAAAGUCCAAGCUGCUCUUGGUCAUCGACGAGCCUCAUACAGACUGGAUCAAGAGCUUCCGAGGGAAAAAAAUCCUUGGGGAAUAUGAAAUCAAAGUUGAACAGGCCCAGUUUUCAGAGGUCAAUUUGGUAGCUCAUGCUGAUGGAAAUUACGCCAUAGACAUACAGGCAUUCCGAAAUGGCACUAAAAUUGUCAAAUCAGUCAGGCCUGAUUUUGUUCUCAUCCGACAACACUCAUUCAGCAUGGCAGAAAAUGAGGACUUCCGUAACUUAAUAAUUGGAAUGCAUUAUGCUGGUAUACCAAGUGUCAACUCCCUAGAGUCAAUCUACAACUUCUGUGACAAGCCUUGGGUGUUUGCACAGUUGGUAUCCGUCUACAGAACCCUGGGACCAGAGAAGUUCCCUCUAAUUGAACAAACUUUUUAUCCAAAUCACAAGGAAAUGCUGACAUUGCCAGCAUUUCCAGUUGUUGUGAAGAUUGGACACGCUCAUUCAGGCAUGGGAAAGGUCAAGGUAGACAACCAUUAUGAUUUUCAAGAUAUAGCCAGUGUGGUAGCACUUACUCAGACCUACGCCACCACUGAACCAUACAUAGACUCCAAAUAUGACAUCAGGAUCCAAAAGAUAGGCAACAACUACAAGGCAUACAUGAGAACAUCUAUAUCUGGAAACUGGAAGACAAACACUGGAUCCGCAAUGUUGGAACAAAUUGCUAUGUCAGACAGGUACAAGCUCUGGAUUGACAGCUGUUCUGAGAUGUUUGGCGGUUUGGACAUAUGUGCUGUCAAAGCAGUUCAUGGCAAGGAUGGGAAGGAUUACAUUUUUGAGGUUAUGGACUCCUCAUUGCCUUUGAUCGGUGAGCAUCAGGUUGAAGACAGACAGCUUAUAACCGAGCUUGUUGUAAGCAAAAUGAAUGAAAUAUUUUCUAAAACACCAGUACCAUCUUCUCAGAAACCAACUGCCACUCAGCAGCCCCAGAGUGGAUCAUUAAAGGAGCCAGAAUCAAACAAAGUCCCACCCCAACGACCACCUCCUCAAGGGGGCCCAGUGCAACCCCAAGGAAUGCAAUCACAAAGCCAGGAACCACAGCGCGUGUUCCCUCCGGGGCAGUCAGCAAAGCCCUCGAGUUCCAUGCCACCACAUCCACCAGGGCCUGCAACUCAGCAACCACGUUCCCAGGCUCAGGGUCCUUCAAGAACUGGGCAGCCAGUGGAAGCAGAGGCAGAACCUUCGCCAGCCACAUCCCAGAAGCCUCCUCAGUCACACCCGCAACUGAACAAAUCACAGUCUCUGACGAAUGCCUUCAGCUUCACAGAGUCAUCCUUCUUUCGAUCAUCUGUGAAUGAAGAUGAAGCAAAAGCGGAAACCAUUCGAAACUUGAGAAAAUCCUUUGCCAGCCUCUUCUCUGAUUAGCCAUGUAGAGUUUGAUUUUGUGUGUCUGUAAUGUAUUAGAAAGUCUGCUGUGAACAUCAUUUUGCAAACAUUUCUUUGUAAAUUAUCUUCCUUUGCUGUUCCAACUGUUGUAUUAAGCAAUAUGUUAAACUCUUUAAAAAGAGACUAUAAUGAAAUGCAUUUCAGGUACCCUGCUUUUGGUCAAAAAAUCCACUUCUUAAAAAACCAAGAGGAAAAGCUAGACAUCAAAAUGCUUGAAAGCCCUCUUUAACUGUGAUAUUGUGGCCUUACCAUUAAAUGCACUAGGUCAACAUAUUGGAUGUUCUUUUCUGAUAUCAUCAUAUCACAUCAUUAUGUUGCAAAUUUCCCCCUUGCUAUGCUUUUCAGUGUUCGCUGCAUGUUUGUUUGUUUACCAUUAGUUUAGGCAUUUUGUUUCUACAGGGCCAAUCGAUCAGCUUUCUUUCUUGGCCCAGAUCUUCACGACACACAUUCUCAGUGAUGUUUUCUGUCUACUCUCUUUCACCUUCUUCAUUUGGCAAGCUUUCCAUUGGUUGAAUGUGGUGUUCUCAUUGCUAUUAGGAGCAAACUAUAGGACAAACCAAUGUUACACAGCUAUGUGUCAAGACUACUGUAUCUUCACACUUUCGUUGUACAGUUAUUUGCAAUUUGUUAACAGUGACCUUUGAUUUGUAAUGCUCCAUGCAUGACCUCUUGUUACCCAUAGUUCCAUGUAACCUUCAAAUAAAUGCAAAGCCAUUUGCCUGGCAGCAAACAAUCUUCCGCAGGACUGCAAUGCACAGUGGAAUUGAUUUCUGAGAAAAACAGCCAUACUUAUCAAUUUGGAGACAGAUACCUGCACCAAAUCUUGAUCCAAAGCUUUAAAUGCUACUUUCUGGGAACAGAUAAAAUGCUGAACUCUUGCCUAUGAAAAUGCAUAUGGAAUAUGCUUUCCUAAGCAUUAUAUUUUAGGGCAUUAAGCAGCAAAAAAAUCACUCUAAAAUGCGGUUCCUAGGCAUCUCCUGAUCUUUUUGAGUGGUAGUGUGAGUGGCAGGCCUAGAAAUCCUUUCAGCUGUGGAAAUAUUCUGUUGUUAUGUUAUGUUAAAUUUUAUUUAUAUACUGCCCUCCCCCGAAGGGCUCUGGCAGAUCCAUGCCCAUGGAUUCUAAUGUCCUAUCAGAUGAUACAGUCAAUUUGCACAAUGAAUGAUGACACAAUUGAUAGUGACCCGUCAAGCAAAAUGCAUCCCAUCAGCCAUGUAUAGUGGUCACUAAGAGCUUGAUAAACUUUUUUUCUUGUCUGAUAAACUUUCAAUCCACCUGAUAGAUUAUACCAUAUGGCUGAUGGUGUACAUUUGAUCUUAAGGCCUACAAGGAUGGGCCACACAAGUGGGUUUAGCAGGUUUUUUCCUUCCAUUCAAACUGUAUCUUUUGGAAGAUAAUGUGAAAAUACACUGUAGUAAUCAAAGAUACAGAAAGAUUUCUGUGUUCAAGGGAAGCCAGCUGAAAAGUUCUCUCACAGUUGCACAAUCAUAGAAAAGUGAAUUUUUAUUUCUAGUUCACAGAUGUAUGCUUAGAAGGCCAGAAGUGUGUUAGGGGAUGGGAAAUAAUCAGUAAAAAUAACCAUGCAAACCAGUGGUAGGAUUCAAAUAAUUUAAUAAAUGGUUGUUUACAAGCACCAUUUUAACAACCGGUUCUGCCGAAGUGGUGCGAAACUGCUGAAUCUCACCACUGAUGCAAACCAUCCCUAGUUUUGAGAUCAUUGCAAAAAGCAUGAGAGUACAUUCCUGCUAUUUCCAGACACUGUCAUUCCACUCUGAGGCUUCAUUCCAGGCCCAGGGCAGAUUUCUCUUCAUCUGUUUUGCAUUUUCAUUGCAACUUUAUUUCAGUGGAGCUCAUGCAAGUCAAUCCGCUUUCCUGGUUUCUAUUAUAUCGAAUGGGCAUUCUAGCAUCUCCUCAUUGUUUCCACUGGGCAUUCUUGUCCUUCCUUUCAAACAUCCUGCCACAGAAGGAAGGGAAAGUGAACUGUGGCUCUGUGUGGCAUGUCUCCACAGCUGAUUGGAUGGAAUUGCUCUGUGCUCUUCCCUUGCAAGAAGCCCAUUGGAAGGAAGAAAAUCCAUUGUUCAAGAAACCAGUAGAAUCAGGAAAAAAUAAGCACAUGCUAUAGCCAGUUGGCCACAUACAAA